UCCAUUGUGAUUUACAUACACCCCCGACUCUCACACGCUCCUCCCGCGACACUCGCAGCCCGAGAUCAGCUUCACACUGCCGCGAGUGUUUCACUGAAGCGCCGCUGGAAACAAUGGGAACGGAGCCGCUUUGUGUCGGACAGAGACUGACGCGCUUCUCUGUGUUUGUUUAGGACUUUCUGCUGAUAGACUCAUAUAAUAAGGAUCUCAUUAUCAAGCUUUAACACAAUGGGCUGCUGCAGCGGACGGUGCACCCUUAUAUUUCUGUGCACGUUUCAGUUGAUGGUGGCAUUAGAGAGGCAGGUGUUUGAUUUCUUGGGCUACCAGUGGGCUCCUAUCCUUGCAAACUUCUUCCACAUCCUGGUUGUUAUCCUGGGCCUUUUUGGCACCAUUCAAUACAGACCUCGCUAUAUUGUGGUGUAUACUGUGUGGACAGCGCUGUGGGUGGCCUGGAACGUCUUUAUCGUCUGCUUCUACCUGGAGGUUGGAGGUCUAUCAAAGGACAGUGAUCUCUUGACCUUUAACAUCUCGGCACACCACUCCUGGUGGAGCGAGCAUGGGCCAGGCUGUAUCCGAAGAGAGAUCCCCGCCAGCGGAGACCGCAGUGCAGACGCACAGUCCUAUAUAUCCAUCAUGGGCUGCCUGCUGGAAUACCAGUACAUAGAGGUCCUGCACAGCAGCUUCCAAAUCCUUAUCUCUCUGCUGGGUUUCAUCUACGCCUGCUACGUCAUCAGUGUCAUCACAGAGGAGGAGGACAGCUGUCUUCGUAAAUGAAAGAGUGUUGUGAAGAAGAGCCGCUCUGCCCAUUCCUCCUCUCUGCUCUUCACCUCUUCACCUUUAAAACACUUUCUAGCAACCCUAAAUCAGCCCUUUCUAGAGUAUUGGAGAAUUGGCUCUCUGAUUCCCAGCUCUGGACAAAACACAGUUACUCGAUCCAGCUGCCUCAUUUAGAUGCUCUUAUACAAGUGGCUGUAAAACAUAUCUAAACAAAAAGGUCCAGUAUUUUGUUGGUGUGGUGUGUGGUCCACGGGUUUGAGUUAUUCAAGGGGAGUUCAGUUGUUGAUGUUCACCGAGUUCCAGCUCUGUGUGUGUGUGUGUGUGUGUGUAUGAGAGGAGGGCCAUUGUGUGCUGUUUACCUUCACACGGGAUUUGCUCAGUAAAACUGAGGAGGGAGCCAAGAGGAGGAAAAUAGGUGCGGCCCAAAAAAUAAGACAAAGCAAGCUGACCUCCUACAAAAUAGAAGCAAAGGAAGCAUAACAUAUAAAUACAAGAAACAAUUAGAGCUUGUUUUAUGUCAUAGUGUGAUGUAUAAUUCUCAUGAUUCACUGUCAAAUUCAGUUUUAGUCUUUUUUUUUUCUAGUUUUAAGUCUAAAGUCUUGAUUUAUAUGCAGUGAAUCCCAGAUCACUGUAUUUAGACACUCAUAUCAGACUAAACAAUGUAUAACAGUAAUUACAUUAGAUCAAAUAUACAUCUGGCUGAAGAAUCACACUAAUCACACUAAUUUGUUUUCAGAUUCUUACUGGUUUGAUUUGCAUCUAAUGCAAUGCCAUUUGUGCAUUUUAAGUGUGACUUGAGUGUUUUUGGGGUCACUGUGCAUGCCGUGAGUAUUUUUAAUGUUAAUAAUCAUCAUUUAUUGCACAAUGUGUUUGUAUCAGUCUUCAGAGUUGGGGCUUCCUCUGGCAGUCAGUCAGAACUGGCAGUACAAUUAUUACAUAACCUCAUUCUGUUUUCAUAAUUAAUAUUAUAAUAGGACUGGCUGAUGUUAUGAAAGACAAAAACGGUUCUUUCAUCUGAAUGGUGCUUGUAAUCAAAUAUUAGUUUGUGAACAAAUCGUCAGCAUGUCCUUAUGUGAAUGAGUAACGGUUGAGUGGCUGUCAAUGUCUUUCACUGUAGAUGCAGAGCUACUGUAACUGUUUACUGGAAACAUAAACCUCAAAGCACAAAUGACUGACCUGACAUGUAUCAUAGUGUGUGUGUAUGACAUGUUUUGAACUGUUUUGACUGUGUAUUUCUCUCCAAAUUGAGAUGUGAAGGCAAAAGGCAAAAGGUCAGUAUGUAUUUUCUAGCUUUCAUAGUCUUAGCUUUCAUACUUGUAAUCCCAGAUGUUUCAUAUCAUAAGACUUGUGUACUGUAUUGGCAGCAUUUUUGGUCCUAGUGGCCUGAUGGUAAAGGAACGGGGCAUAUUGAGGUCUUAAAGGAAUAGCUCACCCUUGCUCUUGCCUAUAUACCUUUAUUUUUCUCUUGGAAUGCAAAAGGAGAACUUUUGAAGAAUGCUCAUGUUGCUCUUUUGCAUACAAUUAAAAAGGUCAAACAAAGCACUUUAAAAGUGGCCAGUCUUAAAAAUACAGGACUUUUAUUGCCAUCUGUGGUUCCAUGAAGAAACUUUAACAUCCAUGGAAAAACUUCAUUACACAAAAUUACAACAAUUCUUCAUAUUGUUCUUUCCUUGAAAAAAUGGUUCUCUGCAAGGUUAUUCGGGGAAAAAACCCUUUUGGCACCUUUAUUUUUUUAUGAGUGUGUAUGACUUGUGCCAUACAGUAUGUUCCAAGUCGUCAGAAGUCAUACAAUAGCUUUGUGCUUUUGUUGUAUGGAAAAGAGCAGCAUGAACAUUCUGCAGAACGGGGGACAUUUUAUCAAUUAGUCUGUUAACUAAAUGGCAAAAACUAACAUUUUCAGCUUAAUAACAUUAGCUUACAGUUAUCUUGUACAAUGUUCUGUUAGGUCCUCGUCAAAUCUAUCCUGCCCCCCUGUGUUCAAUGUCUUUCUGUACAAGACAACUCAACUCUAUGGACCAGGAAAACUGCAUUUUCUAGCACUCUCUGAAAAUACUCGUGUACAUUUGUAAUUGUAGCAUUUAGAAUAUUCAAUAUAGGACAGCAAUGAUAGUCUGCUGCAUACAUGUUAUAAGGAGAAAAAGAAUGAUAUAGAUUUAUAUCACACCUCUCCCCUCAUCUUUAGGUCUCUUUUUACAGGUGUUUUUUGUAAGCACUUUUUGUAUCUCUUUUCUGUGUUUGGUCUCUUCUCCAUAGUUCUUCAUUGACUGCCUGUCCAUCAACACGUGUUUGCUGACCAGAGUGUAAAUAGAUGUUUGUUAAUAAAAAUAUGCUUUUCAUGUAC